CGACGGGUGCAAAGUAAAAAAAGUCAACUGCAAUUUUGAGAUUUUGGUUUUUUUGUAAAAACUAACUUAAAAUAUCAUGUUCUACAACAUAGCAAAAACAAAAACACAAAAAUCAUCUAAUUUUUGGUACUUUUUUUACGUAAAAGAAGACAACUACACCUGUUUUGUGAAAUUGCGCGAUGUAGAUGCGGGUAGUUACCGCUGGCCGUUUAUACGCGGGACGCGCGGGGGGCCAGCGGUCAGUCAUAUUUCGUCAUCAGUCAGAUGACAUGUGCUUCGCCGGCCGGCACGAUUAUUUGUUUGUUUUGAUUUGUUAAGUGAUAAAGUUUGUCGAAAAGUGUUAUCAUACUAGUAAACAGUUUGCAUUUAACACAAUAGACAUGGAAAGACGUAAAUUAUUGGUGAAUUUGGGCAAAACGAGACGACAGUGCGCUAUUAUGAACCGAGAAGAUCUGUUACAACUUAUUGAUAACAACCGUGAAACUAGUUCUGAGAGUCCGAAGCGACCUUUUAAAGAAGAUGAAAGCUUACAGAACAUAAGCGAUGGUUUUUUUGAGAAAAAUGCUGUGUUGGCCGAUGAAGUUAUUGAACAUCUUAUAGAAGACCUUGAUGUGUCAGCAAUGAAGACAAAUGAGUAUCAGUUAACUUCGCAAGAUAAGUCUCCAUGUACUGUGUAUUCUAGGUCGGUCACACCAGUUCACCCUCAAUCUGACACACAAAUUAAUUGUGAAAAUUUUGAUAUUGGUCAUAGAGAUUCUCCGAGCAAAUUAUCGGAUAAUACACCAUUACCCUCAGAAUACAAUUCAUUUACUUCAAGUCCGCCGCGUCCAUUAUCAGAAUUAGAUCAAAAUAUCUGUUUAUUAAACUCAGGGAGGCCAUCGAGUAUGUCACUUUCAAACUGUCAAUCUUAUACAAGCAACACCAGUGAUGCUUCUUCGGCUUCUUCUAAUCCUGAAAUUAUAACUUCGGCCACCUUUGAUUUCCAAAAAAUUUUGUCGACACCACACGGAGAAACCAGUUCGUUUUAUUAUAAGCGUAAACUUUCUGUUUUUAAUUUUACUGUUUUUGAUAUGGGGCUUAAAAAAGGAAUAUGUUAUAUGUGGCCUGAAACUAUAGCUAAGCGGGGUUCGAAUGAAGUGGCUAGUUGCCUUUAUAAUUUUAUACAACAGUCAACUGAUAGAGGCAUCAAAGAUAUCCGCCUGUGGUCCGAUAACUGUGGCGGUCAAAACAGGAACCGUAUUGUAUUUCUGAUGUAUGUAUACUGCUCUCAAAAGUAUAGCAUUGAUAUUUGUCACAAAUUUUUAGAAAAGGGCCACACUCAGCAAGAAGAUGAUAGUGUCCACGCAUUAAUUGAGAAAUCGUCGAAAAGAAAAUUCAUUUUUUGUCCUGAAGAAUGGUAUACACUCGUUCGGUGGUGUAAAACAUCCGGCGAUGCUUAUGAAGUUAUAGAAAUAACACAAGACCAAAUUUUAGAUUUCAAAAUGUGUUUAAAUGAUUUUAAAUUGACAAAAAAUACCGACAAUGAGAAUGUUAAGUGGAAUCAAGUUCGAGAAAUAGUCGUUAAAGCAGAAAAUCAUUACGCCAUAUUUUAUAAAUAUGACCUAAACGAUGAAGAACCCAAGCGAAUUGACUUGGUGCGAAAAGUAACUACUCGUUCCCACCGUGGCUUUAAUGAUCCCAAAAAAUGUUAUGAUGAACCCAUCAUAAUAACAAGUGCCAAGUACAAAGAUUUAAUUAGCCUUUGCCAGCAAAAUCUGAUACCUCCUUGGUAUCAUAACUUUUAUAAAAAUUUGAAACAUAGUUCCUAUACUGACGGUAAUGAGACUGAAUAAUUGUUUAAGUAUUGAUACAGAGUUUCAUCUUUGUUCAGAAUUAAUUUUCUACUUACUUUUAUUAUAAGUGAUAAAACUAUUUUUAUUAAAAAAAUGUACGAAUAGAACGUACUUUAGAGGAUUUAUUUUUAUUACUGUGUUAUCUAAGACUGGUGUUAUUUUUAUAUAAAGUUUAAAAGUUUAGAACCUUCUAGAUUUGAUUUUAAUUGUUUUUUUUUCAAACGAAGUUUGUAUAAUUUUACUGUUGAAUUGUCAACCAAAGAAUUAGCAAUUACCUACCUCAUAAAUUAUCAGUGACAUUUUUAUUGAUUUUAUUUCCAAAAAUGUAUAAGAAGUUACGUUUUUUUAUUAUAAUAAAUGAAUGAUUCAUAAAUAAAUAUUUCAUUUAACCUCCUUCUUAAUCAUGUUCCUGGCACCAAAUCGACGACGUAGAAAAAGAUAUCUGCGCAGUUAAGUUCAAAACUUGAUGUAUUUAAGAUGUAAGACUGUCAUUAACUAAUUUUAAUAAUAGGAAGUGUUACACUUUUCGUUUUACUGAAAUAUACUAAUCAUACUUUACUAAAUCUAUUUUUUUAAUUCCCAUGUAGAAACGACCAAGUGGUAGUUAACACAGUUGUCUAUUUUGAAGAGCAA